AUGUGUUCUCCCUCCUCACCAAGUAUUCUUUGUUCCCUGAGCGACGAUUCCGUUAACAGUAAAUCAAUCCCAUUUAUUCCAAACUGCCUCGAAGACAGAAACGACCGUUGCUCAAAAAGAAUCUGUAUGGACGACGUGAUGUCAAAACUUCUUGAUACAGCCCCAAGCACUUCAAACCUUAUCACUUCCGCCAAUGAGAAUAAAGUUCAAAGCGACACAAUUUCAACAGAUGAAUACAUAACAAAUUGUCUAUCCGGGGAGAUUGAUGCUAAGAAUCAAUCGGAGAACGAUUUUGAAAAGACGGACAAUAUGGCGUCACUAAACAAAGCAGACGAUAAACAUGAUGUUACAUAUCGAAAUCGGAUCUUUCAUUUGCGUCGGUCAUUCUCUGAGUCAGCGCUUAUGCUUGUUAAAGAUGGAGACGUUCUCAUGAAAGAGGCGACGGACGAACAAAUCCAGGAAAAUCUGCGUUCGCUGAGAUUCGACCUGGACAAACUUUUCAACGAAAGCGAAGUUAUCAUUACUAAAUAUGUGGAACAUUUCUGGAAUUUUAUCGAGAAAACAGAAGAGGAAUCCACCGCCAACAACUCGCAAUCACCAAUUCCGAUGUCCGAAAGACUAGCUUGCAUUGAAGACUUUACUAACACACUUAGAAAAGAAUUUAAAGAAUACAACAAUAUGAUAAAACGUAUCGUUGGUGAGUAUAAGUCUUUUUCUUUGGCAUUUUAUUAA